CAUGUGGCUUCCUUUGCCCCUUCCGUCUUCAUCUUGUUGAAAUCAUCGUACGUCUAUGUAUAUAAUUCCAACCCUUUUACUUAAAAUUUGUCCUUGUGAUGACCGAUCGAUCGAUGCCCCGUUGGGAUAUUGAAAUGGAACUGAUUAACCAAAACCAGAUUUAUUGGGAUUAAAUCUCCUUAAUCCCAACACAGAUCAAUUUCCCCCCCCCCCCCCCCCCAGAUGAAGAAAGAGCUCUGGAAUUAAUGGGGAAGAUGCAACCAUACUCAACAUCGGAAGAAUCGCCACCUAUGUCAUCCUUCUCCACUUCUCUACUCGUCUCCCUCCUCGGCAUCGCCUUAACUUCUCUGGCCCUUUUAAUCUACCAUCUCCUCGUCGUCAAGUACUGCAGCCGCCGCCGGCACCACUCCGGAAUCCCUGCGCCGCCACCCCCCUCCUGCCCUCCAGCCACCGCCGGAGUCGACGAGAAAGUCCUCGACGCCAUACCGGUCCUCGCCUAUUCCGCCCAGAACCGCCAUCUCUUCCUCUUGGACCACAAGGAAUGUGCAGUUUGCUUAGGGGAACUGGAAGAAGGAGAGAUCGUCCGUCUGCUGCCGAAUUGCAGCCACCCGUUUCACGUUCACUGCAUUGACCAGUGGCUCAUGGGCAAUGCCAGUUGCCCGCUUUGCAGGUCGGCCGUUGCACCGUUUAAAGAUCAAACUCUGGGAGCUAGGGUUUAUGAUCAAGAAGGUGAAUCAAUGGCCGAAGGUGUCCAAACCGGUGGUUCUUCUGGGAUGCUCCGGCACUGUGCUUCAAUGGCGUUGCCGGGGGAAGGCCAUGGGGAGAGGCUGCCUCCGGCCGGGCGUUUGGACGUGGGCUUAAAGUUAAAGCGAUCGCUGUCCAUGGACCAAUCGUAUCUUGUUAUACAGAUGGAGAGGGAGAAUGAAAGGACUUGUUCAUCAUCGUCUUCGUCGAAAGCUGAUGUUAUGAGGCAUCUGGAUCGGGUGUCGUCCACGUUGCUGAGGUCUUUCACACCGAGGUUUAAGAUGGAAAAGGGUGCCUCUGCUAACGGACAUCUUCUUCCCCAUUGAGAUAAUUAUAUGAAUAAUUAAUUAAUUAUAUGUAAUCAAAAUUUUAUUAUUGUUAACAACUCUAUUUUGCUCAAUAAUUUUAUUAUUGAGAUAUAUUAACUACAAUUUUAUUUUUGUCACAAUAUUAAGCUUGUACCAAUUUAAAGCAGCAGCAUCACAUUGGGCUUAGAUUUAAUAUAUCUUUUAAUUUUGAGUAAUGUGUAA